AUGGGGAAAAUAACUUUUUUAAUCAUUUUAUUAUGCACCAUCAACAUUUUAUGUGCAUUUGCUCAAUAUGACAAUACUCCUCCUCCUCAACCUUCAACUACUCCAUAUGAAAAUCCUUAUCCUCUAAUGAACAAUACUCCUCAAACGGACAAUACUCCCCCUCCAACGGGUAAUACUCCUCCUCCAUAUAACGAUUCUGCUUCUCCUCAAAUGAAUAAUAAUUCUCCUGAAAUGAGUUAUACUUCUCGCUUUCCAGUCACAACAGAUGGUACAUGUGGUAAUAAUACUUCUUCAUGUAAACCCUUCGACUGUUGUUCGUUUAAGGGCUUUUGCGGUGGUACAACAGCACAUUGUGGAACAGGAUGUCAAUCAGAUUAUGGUGUUUGUGGUAUUCCAGACGAUGGUUUAGCACUUAUUGAAACAUGUCAGACUGAAAAAACUAUAGCAUUUACUUAUGAUGAUGGUCCACAUGAAUUUACUUUGCAGUUGCUCGAUACCUUAAAAGAACACAAUAUAUUAGCUACUUUCUUCAUCAACGGUCACAAUCAACCCCAAGAAUGUAUAUACGACUAUGCUGAUAUCCUAAAGCGAAUGCACAAAGAUGGCCAUCAAAUCGCUCAUCACACAUGGUCACAUCCUCAUUUGGGUAACGAAACCGAUGAAAAUAUCGAUUUUCAAAUUAAAACUUUAAAUAUAGCAUUUGAAAAAAUUCUUGGUUUUAUCCCAAAAUAUUUCCGAAACCCAUUUGGAGAAGCUACUAUUCGCCCUCGAUUAAGAAAAAAUUUAUUAGAUGCUGGAUUUAAAGCUAUUGCUCUUUGGGAUGUUGAUACUAGAGAUUGGGCUACCGAUAAUGUAACUUCUAUAAUAGCAAAUUUUCCAGGUCAAAUUAAUGAUACAAAACCUCACAUAGUAUUAAAUCAUGAUAGAAUUAAUACUACUGUUACUAAAUUUGUACCAGAUGCUAUAAAAAUAGCAAAAAAACUUGGGUAUAAAUUUGAUACUGUUGCUGGAUGUAAUGGAAAACGUAAUAAACAUGAUUGGUAUACGUAUAAGGGAAAACCUCAAAAAAGAGAUAGUACGUGGCAUUGUAAUACAAAUGAUAUUGAAGAUGGUCAUUUAUGA